AUGGCUUUAUCCCAGUGCUUAGAGGACUCACCGGGCUGGCGGACGCCAAGCGUGGCUCAAGAUCUGAACUUUAAAGACUUGUAUAAUGAAAGACACCGACUUGCUCUAGAGGAGCUGGUUGCUGGAGGGAUUGGAUCUUUCAUGGAAUUCCUUAAGAAAGAGAAAAUUCCCAACUUUCUCUCCGAGGACGAGAUUAAACGGAUCUCUCGUUCUACCAUAGUACCACGGAGCAUUUCUUUAAUUGGCGAGGACGCGCUUUUGGACCAUUCUGUCAGUGGAACAGUAGACUGCUCAUCUGUAACUUAUUUCCCUGAGAUUUCAGAUAUAGAGCCCCCAAUUUUAGAGAUGGGAUGGCCAGCGUUUACUACAGGAUCAUUCCGAGGGGUGACGCGCGCUGUCGCUUACUUCCAGCCGAGUUAUGGAGAAUGCAUCUACAGUUGCAAAGAAGCGGCAAGAAGAAUGAUAAAAAGUGCAAAGGAGGUCAUCGCCAUAGUGACAGACUCCUUGACAGACCUUGAUAUCUUUCGGGAUCUGCAGGAGGCCUGCACACUACGCAGGGUUCCUGUAUACGUCCUCCUGGACCAGUCCAGUGUAUCAUCAUUUCUUCAGAUGUGCACCAAUAUUAAUGUGCGCUUAGAUGAUCUUCGGCUCAUGAGAGUGCGGACUAUAACAGGCUCUACAUACUUCCUGAGAUCAGGAGCCAGGAUCACCGGGAAGGUCCAUGAAAGAUUCAUGUUGAUUGAUGGGAACAGAGUGGCUACAGGUUCGUACAGAUUUAAUUGGACCGAUGGAAAACUCAAUAGCAGCAAUCUGAUUGAGCUCUCUGGCCAAAUCACAGAGAACUUUGAUGAAGAAUUCCGUAUCCUUUACGCGCAGUCCCUACCAUUAAACAUGAGGGCACCGUCUAGUGCACGAAACAGUGGUAUUUAUGACCAUCUGCUCCUCAAGCCCCCUGCCACCCCUCCUCCCCAGCCCUCCCAGUUGGUAGUGCCCGAACCUGUGCUACCUGUAUGUAUGACCAGCACCCCCGCACGCCCCAAGGCCCCAGAGGACCAGCAGCCCAGUAAAGAGACUGAAGACAAGGACCAUGAGAGCAACCCAGUUUCUGAUACCUCUACCUUCGGGGAUGACUGGAUGGAGCAAAAGCACAGGAAUGAGGUUCUAACCUCAGAUGUACCCCCAUGUUUACUGAAAGAAGUGACUGACCAUGCCACCAACACAUCUGCGGUGGACAUGAUGGUCCCUUCCCCUCGACCCUCCUGUCAUAUUUCUACUCAGACCAGUUACUCGACGGUGGAGCGUGCAGUGCAGACUGAGAGGGACACCUUUCUCAAACCAACCAAACCCGCUAACAGGGUCAGCCUUCGUCCACCGAUCCGGUGUGGACCUGCUCCUCCCGACAGCAGCCUGAGAGAGUGUUUCCGCAAGCUGACCAAGGAACGGCAGUACCAUUACUCCACCAUCCGCUCCAAGCUGGACCACAUGGUGUCACUGCUCUCACAAAGACGGGAGCUGGUCGACCUCACCAACUUGGCCCUGGGCUCAAGCCCACACAGGGGCCGUAAGGCCCAUCAGCAGGAAGGCAGGCAUGUGUCUGGGCUGGUGGACAAUGCGCUCAUGGGUACCUGGCCAAGGUCCAGGUGUCUUCACUAA